CAAGGGGGCUCCCGGCUCGUGUGCUCCUGGUCCGCUCUCGUGCUACCGCCAGUGCUGCCCAGGUCACUGCCAGCCAGCUGACCGAAGUGGGGCGGGCAGCGCCUCUGUCCAGCCGUGCCCCCACUCCUGUGCCUCCCUUUCCCUGCCUUGGUGUUUGUGUCGUAGCCCGAGCUGGCGCCUAAUUAGUGCCUAUCCCGAUUUUACAAGGGGGUGCCCAGAGAGGGGAAGGCAGUGGGCCUACCUGGACCGCAGGCCUCCCAUCAGCCCCUUCCACGUGGGACAGCUCUCAGUGAGCUUUGCACUAAAGGCCCUGCGGACUUGGGAGGGAAGGUUCGAGUGCUGCUCUUGUCCCAGGGGGCUAAUGGCCAGCCCAAGGUCCAUCCUGUCUUCUGGGGCUCUCCUUUCCAAAAGAAGACUGCUUCCCUGGUGGGCCUGGGGUCACCAGGGUCAGCACCAGGCAUCACUGGCCUCAGCAGGGGAGGGAAACUUCACCCAGGCAGUGUGGGAGCACAGCAAGGGAGAAAGAAAGCACCAGGAAGGGCAGCCAGGCCAAGACCUGAGCUUUUGGCAGGAGAGGUUGGCAGAUCAACUGCUGCCCCUCUGGAGACUGAACUAUGAUGAACAACUAAAGGUCAAGUUUGAAGUGACCAAGAAGACCUUGGAGCAGCUACAGGGACGUCUCCACAAGCUGGGCGCUGCAGUGGCUGAGACCCCAGGGCUGGGUGCCCUCCUCCAACCUUUCAUCCCAUCGCCUGUCAUCGAUGGUUACAGAAACAAAUCUGUCUUCUCUGUAAACCGGGGCCCAGAUGGCCACCCGAGGACUGUGGGGUGCUUCUUGAGAUCCCCUGGAGGAAAGACGAUUUUCUGUGUACCUGCUGGCUAUCUGAGAACCCUGCCUGCCAGGCACCUCCAGGUUGCCCAGUGCUAUGAGAUGUUUCUGCGACAAACCCCCCUGGACCCCAGCCUUGACAUUCACCAGCUUGGGCCCUGGCGUCGACUCAGAGUGCGGACCAGCAGCCAAGGCCAUACCAUGGCCAUCAUCACUUUUCAUGCCCAGGGACUAAGUCAGGAGGAUGUCUGUGCUCAGAAGCAAAGAGCCAAGGAAUUCUUCAUGUCAGGACAGGGGUCUGUGUGUGACCUGACCUCUCUCUACCUGAAGGAGAGGGUCACACCCAGCCCACAGCAAUCCUGCUGCCACCACUACCAGCUGCUGGUGGGAGAGCCCCACGUGUUUGAGGACAUCCUUGGCUUGAAACUUCGCAUCUCUCCAGGGGCCUUUUUCCCCCCAAACACGGGCGCCACCGAGGCUCUCUUCCGGGUUGUGGCGGAGCUGGGCGGGGUGGACCAAAGCACUGUGAUCCUUGACCUUAGCCACGGCACAGGUGCCACGGGCCUCUCCCUGGCUCGGUGGGCAGCCCAGGUCCUCAGCCUGCGAUUGGUCAGGCAAGCUGUAGAGGAUGCCAGGUGGAGUGCAGCCUUCAAUGAGAUCACCAAUUGGGAAUGCCGGCGGUAUGACAUGGAGAGGGCUGUGGCCUGGCUCAGAAAGUUCCAAGGGGAUGGUCAGGCACUGAUGGCUCUGGUGGACCCUGCGGGUGCUGGACUGUCUCACAAGGUCAUUCGCGCCAUCCGGGGCUGCCCAGCUAUCCAGAAGCUAGUGUUCAUCUCUGGCCGGCCUCAUGCGGAAGACAUGGACGCUUUCUUUCAGCUCUGCUGCCCUGUGUCCUCUGGCCAGGACCUCCCAGGUGAACCUUUCACACUGAGCCAAGCUGUGCCCGUGGACAUGUUGCCGCACACUCUGUCUUCGCAGCUGGUUCUGGCCUUCACCCGCUGACCCACAGAUGGAGGGGCCCGGCCUCACACCCAGCUCCCCUCAUCCCAUUGUGGCGGGGGAGAGUGGGUGCCCAUUUUGCUCAAAGGGAACUCUCAAUAAAUGGUCAUGGACAGAAUCUGCAGGGUCCAAGGCUUGUUGUGGGCCUCCCGGUGUGGAUAAAGUGGUUUUCAUGGAGUGAUAUCCAGCUCCUUGGCCAUUUGACCAGCAGGGAAGGGGACACAGGGGAGAGUUGGGGACCUGGACCCCCAGCCAGCAUCACCCUGGAUGUGCAGCUGGACGGGAAGCAGUGGUGGGUGGAAGCCCUGGGCUCAAGGUUCUGAUUCUGACUGAGCUGGGCACAGACUGACCCUGUCCUUGAAUGGGCAGGGUCAGAGGACACAGAUGGCUGGGGGGGGGGGGCGCUUCACAGCCUCUCUUUGGAGUUCUUUAUUUCCAGCGUCUUCCUCCUUCCCAUUUUACAGAGGAAACUGAGGCACAAGCAGAGGGUCCAGGGGAGCGGCCGGGUUGGGGCAGAACCCUAGGGGCCGUUUCAGCCCCCGCUCGGGAUUAGGGCCAGUGCUCUCGACCUCCUCCCAGCAGCCCAUUUUCUCUUCUGUUGGGCUGGAGAAGGGUCGGGCCCUGGCACUGCCCUAUCCUUCCCAGACUCCCGCCCCGCCCCCACAGGGUCCCAGAGCCACCGAGACAGCGCCCACCUCCCGCUGGUCCACAUGACCAUGGCUCUGCCUCCCCCACCCCAAGAAGGUCCUGAAAGCAUAGAGAUGAGUGACUUCCGGGAAGUCAUCUUCUGUCAUCUUUCCCAACUUGCUGGAUGUGAAGUGAAACCUUGGGCUUGUUAGGGAUUUCAGCUGUUCUUUCCCAUGGUUAUUACUGGUUUGCCAUUCUUUCCAGGAUGUUUUGUGCCUGCCCUUUGACCCCUUCUGUGUUGUGGAGUGGCUUUUGGCCCCCUCUUUUUCCGUUAGUUGUCCACAUGUCUUGGAUCUCAAGCCCUUUUAAGAAAUAUUAAAUACAUAGGUUUUUUUCCCCA